UAUGGCGCGUGGACGACGAGGACGCAACAACAGCAACGGCGGUGGAAACCGAGCCACGCCCUACGAGGGAGUGCGCGAAGGACGCAACCGUCGUCGUGGAGGUGGUGGCGAGGCCAAGGGCCGAGGAAAGGGAGGCCGUGGGGGCCGUCGGGGUGGCGACAAACCCAAGCCCAAGACAGCUGAAGAGCUGGACGCCGAGAUGGACAAAUACUGGGGCAAGUCAGAGGAGCACGCAGCCAAGAAGCUGGACGGCGACAUGGACGACUACUGGAAGACCAAGGACGAGAAUCCAAAGGAGGAGGACAAAAACGAGGAUACUACUGACGGCGACAAAAAAGAAGAUGACAAGACGGAAGACAAGAAGGAGGAGUCUGCUGCUGAAGAUCUCGUUGCCACUGAGGAACCUGAUAAGGAAUAAACAGGAGGUUAAACAGAAACGCAAGCUCAAAGGAGUGACUGUUGCCUAGCCAAGCCUUGGGAGAAGACUUGAGUGUUUGAAGAACUGCCACGUGGAAAGUCGAACAGCCUGGUUCAGGGCCUGGAAAGCGCUCAGGCGCAAGAUAAAUGACGCUGCGACGCGACACACAAAACGACAAAAUCUAUAUGAACCUUCAAUCGCGCUCUUCAAUACACUUGCAUACACUA